AUGCCAGGUGGCACUGGCAGUAAUACCGGCGUGCCAGGUGGCACUGGCAGUAAUACCGGCGUGCCAGGUGGCACUGGCAGUAAUACCGGCAUGCCAGGUGGCACUGGCAGUAAUACCGGCGUGCCAGGUGGCACUGGCAGUAAUGCCAGAGUCCCAGGUGAUGCUGAACAUGUUCAGGGUGAUGGUGACAAGCGAAGCAGGCAGCUUCUGAACAUGGCACUUCAAGGCACUGAACGAGGCGGUUGGAGUGCCAGGAAUGCCAGUAACUCGUUCCCUGAUCAUCACCAUCCUUCUCUCCUCAACACCAGGUCGAGCUACAUCAUCUCGGCCCCUCGGCUGGCUCGGCCGGCGACCGUGUACCGCCUGGUGGUUGGGAUCCUCUCGGGUUCGAGCCCCGUCCAGGUCACCGCGCACUUGACCUCCCCCGAGGUCAACCUUGACCCCGCCCACGCCCUCAUUGCCCCAGGGGAGUCCCAGGACCUUCUUAUCCAGGUGCCAUACUCCAGUGGUGUGCGUUCCUACACGCUAUUGGUGGAGGGAUACAGAGGCCACGCCCUCGUCUUCCGUAACUCCACCCACGUGACGGCCACGCCCACCUUCCUAACUAUCAUCAUGCAUCUUUCAAGACCUUGCUUCACCGGCAGCCAGGAGGUCGGAGUCCGGAUGAUUCUACUGACAACGGAUCUCAAGCCCUAUGACGACCCUGUCGACGUCUCCAUACUGGACCCGGAAGAAAAUAUCGUCAAGCGAUGGGUGUCACGCUCUCCUCACAUAGGAGUGGUCACUGUGGCCUACCAGCUGCCGGAGCUGCCACGUCCUGGAUGGUGGAAAGUCAAGGUCAAUGCUCAAGGUCAGGUCGAGGAGAAGAGGUUCCUGGUCCACAAGAUUUAUGAGCCCCUCUAUGAGGUAUUCGUGGAGAUGCCGUUCUACAAGAGGUCAGACGAGGAGGCGAUCACUGGGACGCUAACUGGCAGUUACAUAACAGACAAGCCAGUGUACGGCAACGCCUCCCUCAGCCUGUACGUGAAGCAGCCCUGGACUCUCCCCGACUCUCACUUCAAGCUCGUCUCCUCACUCUACUACCACUACGUAGACGUAGCAGUGGACUUCUCCUUCCCGAUGGAGUCAUUACUGGAUCAUGUGAAGGAACUGGAAGGAGCAGAAGUGAAGGUGGAGUGCGUGUUCCAUGAUGUCUUCACCUGGAUCAAGGCGGAGGGACACUCGAGGACGAGGAUCCUGAGUGGUCGUAUUGAGGUUGGGGUUGUUGGUACUCCUCCCUUUGUGUUCCGGCCCGGGAUGACCUUUAAUGGCGCGGUGUAUGUGAGACACAGCAGUGGAGAGCCACUGGAAAAGGAGCGACUGGCUGGGUCAUCUCUGGUCAUCACCACCACCGUCACCUCCAACACCGGUGUCACCUCCACCCUUCCCAAGAUUGCCAUCCCAACACUCUCAAAUGAUGGGAAGCAGCGGGAAGAGACACUGCACGCUCUGCGUGAAGGGCAGCUGGCAUACCAGAUUGGUCUGGAGGAGAUGGACGAGGUUAUCCUGGUGGAAAUGGGGCUGCAGGUCCUGAUGGACGGGUACACCAGAGAACAGUACCUGGCUGAGUACCGCGAGAUUGGCAUCCACAGGUUUGAACUUGACAUUCCAAAGGAUGCAGCAUCUUUUCGUAUUGAUGUUGCCUACACUGAUGAGCAUGCUCAGUCCUCUUCUUCUGCCUAUGGCUAUGCCUAUCACCACCCAGACAGAAGAUAUAUUCAAGUGAGCUCAAGUACAGAUGAGGCCAAGGUGGGAGACUUUGCUAUCUUCCAUAUUCGAAGCAGCAUCUCAGUACAACAGUUUGUUUAUAUGAUCAUUUCCAAAGGUGUGAUGGUUUACUCGGCAAGUGAGAUGUCCCAUGGUGAUGAUGUGGUGACUAUAAGCAUAGCGGUUGCCUCCUCUAUGGCCCCAAGGUUCACCAUCCUUGUUUACACCAUCACUAAUGAUGGCGAGGUCCUCGCUGAUGCCAUUUCUCUGCCGGUCAGAAUAUUUGAAAACAUGGAGGUGCAGCUAUCAUUGAACCAGCAUAAGGAUCACACAAAGAAAACGGUGGAGAUGGUGGUGGGUGCUCCGGCAGGGUCCUUCUAUGUUGUGUUCUGCCAACGUGGCCUCAACUACCACAGGCAGCACCCUAACGCUCCCACCCAUGCCCGCAUCACUGACAUGAUGGCAAAGAUGGAACCAUUACAAAGGACAUUUCAUCGGGUUCUUCACCGGUCCGGUGAAGGAGAGUUUGCUGACCGUCUAGUAUCGUUGGCUGCCCACAGCUAUGCCAGCGAUGUCCUUGCUACUUUCCAGGAUGCUGCAGUUGUACUUCUCUCUGAUUCCACAGUAAACCUCACACCUGGCAGAGAACACAGGUGUGAUCUGAGCAGGGGCUACUUGGAAUGUGGGGAUGGCUCCUGCUUCCUCCACGAUCAUCUGUGUGAUGGCAGGAUCCACUGUGCCAAUGCCAUGGAUGAACUAGGAUGCGAGAGACUGUAUGAAGAUUUUCCACCCCAGCAUGAGAAACAGAUUGACCCACUUGAGCUAAGUUCAGACUCGCUUUUUCGACUUUUGAGAACCAACUUCAUUGUGGACAUAUUUGACGAAGAUGACGUCAACUGGUGCAACUCGGAAGUCUUGAUUGGCCACCGUGGGCAAGAGGAGCUGCAACGAGAAAUAGCAAAGACUGUGGACGAAUGGGUGAUAGAGGGAUAUGCCAUUCAUUCUGAUUAUGGUCUCUCCUUCACCAAGCAACCCAUAAUUUUUGCUGGUGAUCCACCUUUCUACAUACUGGUUGAAGGCCCUUCUGUGUGUCGCAGAGGAGAGCAGAUCUCAAUACGAGUGCUUGUGUUCAACAUGCUACAUACGGCUAUUCAAGCAGUGCUCCUACUUCAUGACAGUGAUGACUACAGAUUCAUCCACGUCGAAAAAGAUGGCAACGUGCAGCAUUUUCAUCCUCGUUUGUCCCGAGGCGAGCACCAGCAUCUACUCUUCAUCCCUGCUGAAGGGUCGAAGGAAGUGGUUCUGCCACUAGCAGUUACGCGACAGUCAGGAAAGAUAGAAGUGACUGUGGAAGCUCUGUCACAAGUUCGCAGAGACACUGAAACUUGGGAAAUUGAGGUUAAGCCUGAAGGCGUACCAGUCAGGAAGCACACAUCACUGCUAUUGGACCUAAGAAACCGUGCUCUGGUUUAUGAAUUUCUGGACAUUCCUGUCGAUGAAAGUCCUAUCAUCCCUCUGAGCAUCUAUAGGCGCUUUCUCUAUGGCUCCCCAGCUGCCAGGAUCACUAUAGCAGGUGAUGUAUUUGGGCCAACAAUGGACGAAAUCUCGGUGGAUCAUUCUCAGGUAUUUGGCGGAAGAUAUUUCCGGAGCACUGAUGGUGUCGCCUUCAACUUUGGGGCAACACUAUGGACGCUUCACUACCUUCGACUAACAAAUCAGCUGGAGAUGUCGAAGGCAAGAGAUGCAUUUGACUACCUGACUGUCCAACUUGGUGGGCUGCUGUGGCGUUGUUACAAUGGGGGCUUCAGCAUGUGGGCAUUUACUCCUCCCAGUGUAUGGCUGACAGCAAAAGUUCUCAACAUUCUUCUGGCAGCCCAACAUGAGGACUGGGAAAACUUUUUGUAUAUCGACCCACAUAUAAUUCAGAAAUCUGUGACGUUCUUAAUGAAGUAUCAGAAGUCUGAUGGCAGCUUUAAGGAGGAGGGAGAGAUGACCCUGGAUAGCAAGAUGAAGAGUGGUAAGGAUUCAUCUGUGCCCCUCACAGCCCUGGUAGCUAUUGUUAUUCACAAUAGCCUAAGCUCUCUGCAGGGGUCCACUCGAACACGUGCGGUUGAUAGCCGUGCUCGUGCUAUUGAGUUCCUAGAGUUCCAUCAAGUUUACCUUGAUGACUGCUAUCACACUGCCAUAAGUGCCUAUGCCCUCACACUAGUUGGGAGCUCAUCAGCUGAAACAGCUAUAGCCAUCCUAAAUAAACAAAUGAGAUAUUCAGGUGACAUGACAUACUGGUCUCGUACACCCAUGACAACGCACCUAAAACUUCAGGAAAAUAGCCAAAGAGCAUUCCUGCUGCCACGAGAGCCUGAAGAGUGGGACUCCCACGCAGUAGAGACGACAAGUUAUGCUCUUCUGGUUUUCUUGACCAGGGACGGUGUAACUGUCACAACAGAGAGGAUCAUGAGGUGGCUCAAUGCUGUUAGGGACUGGGACUGUGCAUUCAUAUCCACUGUGGACACACUUGUAGCAAUGCAAGCUUUAGCAGAAUAUGCGUUUCGAGCUCGCCUGCGUGAUGUAACAAAUAUUGAAUGCUCGCUAGAUGUUACAGCCCAGCCCACAAAACAAUACUACAUCUCUAUCACUAAUACCUCUACAUCAGCCCUUCAUUCAUUUAAGCUAGAGAAUAUAUGGGGCCAUGCGAGUCUGGUUGCAAAGGGGUCGGGACAGGCAAUAGCUCAACUGGAGGUGUCGUGGGGAGUGGAUGUUCUCGGCUCCAUUGAGCAGCCACACAAGAGAUACUUUGAUCUAAACGUCUUGGAGAAGUAUCAUCAAUUUAGAAACAAAUCUAUUGUUACCACAACUGUAUGUGCCAGAUGGGUUGCAACGGAAGAUGGACACACCAGCAGUGCAGCCAUGGUAGAGGUGGAAGUUCCUACUGGUUAUGUAUUUUAUCAACCCUUAGCCGAGACAGCUGUCUCGGUGAUACAACAAAAUGGCAGCUUCCCUCAAAUCCGAAAUGUACACAGCACCAAGACACAUGUUUUCUGGCAGUUUGAUUUUAUCCCGUCGGACAAAAUGCAGUGCUUCAGCUAUGACAUACAACGAUGGUAUCCUGCAGCAAACCUCACAGCCAUCAGGUCUGCUACAAUUAUGGAGAUGUUUGCUCCAGAACACUUUGAAAUGGUAAUGAUAAAUGCCACACCACUAGCAAUGCUUGACAUAUGUGAGGUGUGUGGGUCGUACCAGUGCCCGUACUGCCCCAUCUACAGUGCAGCUCCAUCAACGCAUCUCGACUCUACAACAAGUAAUGUCCCUGCUCUUUGCUGCUUUUUUCUUCUGUUAAUAAGCAAAUUGCUCUCGUGUCCACAAAAUUAGUGUUUUUCAUCAUUUAUGUAUUUAUUUGUUCACUUUUCAUUUGUUUCUUGUACAUUUUAUAACAUGUUUACUUUUGUGUACACCAUACUGUAUAUACAUACACACAAGUGUGUUUGUAUAUACUGUACUCUAUAUACAUUCACACAAGUGUUUGAGAAUAUUUAUUGUGAGAAAAAUGAUGAGUAAUAUUUAAGCAGAUAACCACAAAGGAAAUUUUAAAAGGCAAUUGCUUUAGGGGUUUUGACCACUUUCCUUUCUUUGCAGAUAUUGCUUUUACAAUAUAAUCCCUUGCAAUACAAGUAUUGCAACCUUCUCAGGUAAAAUCUUUCUUGACAGCAUGCUACAAGGUAGCCAGCAUAUGAUAUUGCUUUCAGAAGUGGAAAUUUAUUUUAAAAUGUGCUGUAAAUGUUUUUUUAACACUUUUGGAAUCACUAUUGAACUACUGUGGAGCAUGUGGACUAUAUAACAUAUUAGAAGGCAGUGAUUGCAGUCACCCAGGAUCUACAAAAAAUUGGCAUUUGAAUGAAAUUAAUGAAAAAUUAGGAAUGAUUCCAGUUCAUUUUACUGUAUUAAAGAAAUACGACCCCUUGAAUGACGAGUAUCUUCAGGUUAUAAUCAAUGAAAACAGUGUUUACUAUGACCUUAAACAAACACUAGAAGCUCCAGGCAACAUCCCAACAUAUAUUAUGAUGAUUUGAUGCAGGAGAGGACAGUAAAAUAAGUUGAGUCUUUUCAUUACUGGUGGCUGUGCUGCCCAGGGGCCAGAUUCACGAAAGCACUUACGAACCUGUACAUCUUUUCUCAAUCUUUGGCGGCUUUGUUUACAAUUAUUAAACAGUUAAUGAGCUCGGAAGCACCAGGAGGC